AUGGGCGAAACGGAUAUUUUGCCAUCACGGCAGGCUUCCCCAAGGGCGAGUGCAGAAGCCUCUGCGCAGCUCUAUAAGCCGUGGGAGUACUUGAAACGCGCACAGGCCCUCCAGCCGAACCUACAAGAGACCAGCCCGUGUCAGCGAGGGCCUUACAAUCUAGCCUCCGAGGAUCCCGGAGACAGAAUACCCCUGUCUAAACAUGAUCGGCUAGUGACAAGCCCGCAGAAAAUCGAUGAUGCAGACGGGGUCGCGCUUCCGGUUCUCCGUCAACCGCCUUCCGUCAAGGAAGGUGUGGCUGGGCGGUCUAAGAAGCGAUCUUCCAGCUUGGCUACAGUACGGGCUACAGCCGGAACUGCCGACUACUCCUCAGCAGAGCCUCGCAGCGGUAAGCGUGCGCCUUACCAGAACCUAAACCCCAUUCGGUAUCGACUUUUCCUUGACCAACUAUCGUUCCGCAAGAAGACGAACAGUGUUCCAGAGCCCAGCCUGCUCUUGUCUCCACUCGAAACCAGCCUUCUCUCCAACGACAAGCAAAGACUCCCCGCCGCAAAGCCAUGGAUUGGAUUCCGCUACAACCUGAAACGAUCGGAUCCGGUAGUCUUCUCCCCUGUUCUCGUCACUAACAGUGAUUUAUUGGAUUAUGACGGCGCCCCUAGCCUGGCAGACUCACAUCGAUAUAAGAUGUUCACUCAGAGCGGGAGCAAAUCCAUGACAGUCAGCGCUCCGGUCCUGCAGACGACUCCCUUAAACUCCUCAACUAUCCUUUCUAAGGCUGAUGAGUCUCUUCUCUGUGGCUAUAACACCAUUAGUGCAUGCAAGAAAAUGCUUGCGCGGUCAUUUUCCAAGCGAUCCUCCAGUACAGUCACCCACCGAAGCCUGUCUACCGGUCUAGCAGACGCAGAACAGACCAAGAGUACGACCAACAGCCCGUACGACUCAAUUUUGCUGGAAUUUGCAGACGAUGUUGUUCCAUUUGCUGAAUCAUCCAAUCACACUCCUCACCAACGGGCCCUAAUCAAGGCUCAAGAGCAGCGAAUACAACACCUAGUAGAUACGCAGCCCGAUGUGCUAGCAGAGGCCGAGCCCCCCUCCUUUGCCAGCUACUACGUGCGAUCAAGAAGGGGGUCCACGGGGAUCAACAGCGUAAGUUAG